AUAUAUAUAUAUAUUAAUAUCUUUUCUAUACAUAGUUAGAACAAAACAUUGAUCAUCAUUCAUUAUAGUACUACUACUACUAACCAUCAUUUCAUUUUUUUUCUUCCUUUAUUUUCCCUUUUCAUUAUAUUAUUUUUAACCAAAAAAAAAAAAAAAUCCAUAUCUCAAAUUAAUGCCAAUACCAUCAACAUGUCCAUCAUCUAAAACAACAUCUUCUUCUUCUUCUUCUUCUUCUUCUUCUUUUUCUUCUUCAACACUAAAAAUCUCAAUGGAGACACUUGUACUAAAAAACCAAGAACAAGAACAAGAUCUUGUAUUGGAUCUUAGUCUUAAUAAGUCCGAACACAAUUUCAUCGACGGCUUCGAAAGUUCAAAUUAUUACUCAUCCGGAAUCAUCACUAGUAGUGAUCUUGAUCAUAAUCAUCAAGAUCAAGAUCAAGAAGAAGAGAAUAACAACAACAACAACAAUGAAAGUGAUGAUCAAGAUCAAGAUCAAGAUCAUCAUGAUGAUCAUGAGCCAAGAGUGUUUUCUUGCAACUAUUGCCAAAGAAAAUUCUAUAGUUCUCAAGCUCUAGGGGGACAUCAAAACGCUCACAAGAGAGAGAGAACUUUAGCAAAGAGAUCAUCAAGUGGUUAUCAUCAUCACCAAUUCAUGCACAAGAAUAAUAAUAUGUUUGGUAUGAUGAUGAGUAGUAGUAAUUCAAUUCCAUGCAGAUAUUCAAGCUUGGCUUCUCUACCUUUGCAUGGCUUAUCUUUCAAUAGGUCACUUGGUAUUCAGGUUCAUUCUUCUAUGAUUCACAAACCAUCUUCUUCUUCCUCUUUUUAUCAUCACCAGCAGAAUCAGCCAAAAACUGCGAUGAUCAUGAGUCCUAGUAGUACUCCUAGUAGUACUGGGAGUCCCAGUACUACUAGUAAUUCGCAGUUUUAUGGUUAUAAUAAUCCAAAUGGUUGCUUGAGAUUUCAACAACCUGCCGUUGGAAGGCUCCAAAUACCCGAGACUUUUUGCGGUGAUCAGACUAGCCCCGGAGGGUUUUUGAUGUCCCCGCCUAGUGGUGGUCCGGCGAGUUUUGAGUUCGGCCGUCAGAGAUAUUCCCCGGUGAGUAGAAGUGAUCGUGAUGAUUUGGAGGAAAUUGGAGGGUUUUGGUGGAAUAAGACUAAGCAAGAUGAUAAGUUGCAGAAACUUGACUUGUCUCUCAAGCUCUAAUAAUGAACCACUUUCUUUUUUUCUUUUUCUUUCUUUUUUUUUGUUCAUUUUUCAUACAAUUUCAAUUUGUCAUUUUUAUUUUCUUACCUUGUGAUAUGUAUAUUUAGUUGCAACAUUAUUAUGUAAAUGGUUUGAUAUUGAUCUUAAUUAACUUGGUAAUUAAUUCUAUGUAAUGUCAAUUGAGUUUGGUUGGGAAUAACUAGUAUAUAUUAAUA